AUGGCUAAGCAAAAUUAUUUCACGCACACUUCUGCUGGUCUGAUCAACAUAUGUUUAAACCAGCCGGCAGGCGAAUAUGAAGAAGAGAUCACGUCCAUAUGGUUUCUCCUUCGCACUUCCAGCAUGUCCGCCAUUCAUAUGAACCACAUGAGCGAAUCAGUUAAUGUUACCGCACAGACAAAAGGUUUCCAGACCAUUUUACAACCUUCUGUUCUAUCAGGAGUAGAAGCACUGCCACUUGAAAUGCUAGAAGAUAUCUAUUACGUCACAAGUGAUAACAAUGAUAACGAAGAUACAGAUGAUAAUCAUAUUUAUUAUCUGAAAGAACCCGAGUAUUUUGAUAAUCUUGUUAAUAGCGUAGAUUUAUCCUACAUUGCAAAAGAAGAACCAAUAACAGCAUCCUCAACAUCUACAAUUCAAAUAAUCACUACCUGGGACUCUUUUAUAAUAGAUGAUUUUGACAUUUUGAAA